UUAGGGAAAGUAAGGUCGGGAGGUCUGUCGGUCUAUCGAGGUCUAUCGGGGGUGAGGCUGUCAGUCGAUCGGUUGAGUGGGUGUGUGUCGAGGUGUCGAUGUGUAUGUGAGGCGGGAGAUCGACCGGCUGAUCUCCAACUUUGAACCUUGGUUGAGGUUAAACAUAUGUUGUCAAUUAGCGAACAUCAGCGAUUCACAGUCAAAUACUAGCGCUGGUUUAACAACACAAAUGAUGUGUGAUCAGCUGAUAGAUGAAGCAGCAGAAGCUUUGAUCCCAGGUGUAAUGUUCUAUUGGCAAUUCUUAUAUGAGGACCGAAUAUGGGAAAAAAUAACUGUCAAUGUUGAGGAGUUCCGGGUAAUGGGUGAUCCUGCUUUCAGGAUGCAUUUCCGUUUAUCCGAAGAUGUAUUUGAGAAUUUGUUGCAAGACAUAGGAAACCACCUUAUUGAAGAGCAACGUUUGAAGAGGGAAAGACGUCCUUUGUCGCACAUUCUGCUCAUGGUGUUGUGGAUUCUUGCAACUCCAGAAUGUUUUAGAGCUGUAGCACUUCGUUAUGAAGCCUGCCCUUCAGAGGUACAUGAUGCUUAUGUCUAUAUAAUUGAAGCUCUUCGGGAGCUUGCUCCUCGGUUCAUUACUUGGCCAAAUCAAGAGGAAAGAGUUGUCAUCAAAGCCAACAUGCGCCGGAUUUCUGAUUUCCCUGGGAUUGUUGGAAUCAUUGAUGGCUGUAAUGUCCCUAUUUCUGCUCCAGUUGAAGAUAAAGCUGCUUAUAGGGAUUAUCACCACCAGUAUUCCAUUAAAAUGCAAGCGGUUUGUGAUGACAAACUGCUUCUGAGAGAUCUUUAUGUAGGAGAGGCAGGGAGCCUGCAUGAUGCUCGGGUAUUCCGGAGAAGUCCUCUCUGCUCAAAUCUGCUUGAAGAUCCCAAUAUAUUGAGUGAGGGCGAGCAUAUAAUUGGUGACUCAGCUUAUAUGCUCCUUAACCAGCUUUUAACUCCUUUUGAAAAUAGAGGAGAUCUAAGGCCUUUACAGCGACAAUACAACAGGAGGCUGUGUAAAGUCCGAGCCAGAAUUGAGCACACCUUUGGCCAUGCUAAAUGUUUGUGGAGGAGGCUCCAUUUCCUACCCGUUGUCAACAUGUCUUAUGCUCUUGACCAUAUUGUGGCGUGCAUUGUUCUGCAUAACUACAAAAUUCUGCACGGAGAUCAAGUUGCUAUUAUUCCUGCUGCAGCCAACAUUUAUGAUGUGGAGGAUGCCAGAGUUCUAGAAAAUGAUGUGAGAGCCCCAGAACCAAGGAGAAAUUUAGAUGCAAACGACCCACACAUACCUCAAGAUUUUAGAAGAUUGGUAGAAGCAAGCCAUCGCUUAGGUCAACAAAAAAGGUGGGACAUCUCCAAUUCAUUCCCUUUAUUGUGAUGUCUGGUGCUUCAAAUUGCUUCCAAUUCACCCUCUGACUCCUUUGGUAUUAAUUAUAAGUUUCCACUGUUCAUGUCUUAUCUUUUGAUACUUUGAAUUUGUUCAUAGUUGUUACUCUGUGAUUUGCCAUAUUAGAUUUAAAUAAUGUAAAUGCUCUUUUUAAUUGGAGAAAGAUUUGACUAAUUUAAUGGGGGCAAAUCCCCAUGUUCAUAAAAAUAACUAAUUUAUGUGUUACCAUAGUGGUCUGACAUUUAAUUGGAACUUUUAAUGUUAAUGUCUAAAUAAAAUUAUUUUGAAAGACAAGAAUCA